AUGGCGACGUCGCAGAAUGCCCUGGAGGAGGCAGACUACGCCAUGAUAGCCAUCUAUUUCGUGCUCGUUCUCGCCGUGGGGCUGUGGGCCAUCUAUCUCCUGAUCGCCCUAGGAUGGGUGUUUGUGCCUGUCUAUGUCGCCAGUGGGGCGUUCACCAUGCCGGAGUACCUAAAGAAAAGGUUCGGCGGCGUCCGCUUGAGAGUGUACCUGUCCGUACAGUCGCUGUUUGUCUACGUGCUCACCAGGAUCACGGCCGAGAUGUACUCUGGCGCCAUCUUCAUCAACCAAAUGUUGGGCUGGAACAUGUACGCGUGUGUGGCCGUUAUCUUGGCGGUCACAGCCCUCUACACCAUCGCUGGCGGUCUGGCAGCUGUUAUAUACACCGACACUCUGCAGACGGUCAUCCUGCUUCUUGGCGCCACUGUGCUCUUCGUCAUCACUCGGUUUGGACCUGGCAUGAGGUCGAAGUCCACUGCCUAA